AUGAGAACUUAAGAGAAGCCAAGCAAGUAGGGGGGAUUGUACAGUUUGAAUCUGGGGUAGAAUAAUGGUCCUUACCUUCCAAAAGACAUAAUGCUCACGAAUUAAAAAUCUCUAAAGCUCCUCCAAGGAGAUGAAGUCAGUAAAUCAGUAUCUAAUGUUCUUGCCAGAGCUGGCAUGGGAUAACUUUAUGAACCUCCAGACAUCUAUGAUGAGAAAUCGAAAUAGUUUGUAAACUUAGAUGAGAAAUACAAAACCAGAAUGAGUGCAAGCGAUAAUGUAGCAGCUAUGAGUACAUUAUAUACAACAUCCAUCAAAUAGCUUUAAGAUUCAUUGGCUGAGUAUAAGGAAUUAAUAAAGAAGACUGAAGAAGAAUUAAAAGCAAUGAAUGAGAAAAUCAACAACGAUAACAUUACCAAUAUCAGAGAGCUGCAACCGAUGCUCAAAGUAUUUCAUGGUAAAUUGAAGGAGAGAUUGCAUGAAGAGAAAAAUGAGAAUUACAAACUCAUGAGAGAGAUCGAAGCAUUAAAUAGAGAGAAGCUGCAGAUUUAACAAUCUAUUCUAUUUUCACAUAAGAGAAUUAUGGACUUAGAAAAACUCGUUGGCAUUUAGCACAAAACAGAAUCACUAUAUGCUGAAAAAAUUCAUGAGGAAGAAGACAUUAAUGAUGAUGAGGAUGAAUAGCAUUCAGAAAAAGAUUUAGAUUCUUAAAUGUCAGAAUCUUAGGACUGAUUUUGUAAUCAAAUUAAUGAUUAUAAAGUUAAAAUAACUCUUAGAAGAAUUGUA